AUGCUUAAGGCGACGCUUCUUUCGUUCGUGGCCUUCACGGCGCAGGUCGCCCAUGCCGCGUUCGGCAUCACGACCAGCACCGACUCGUACGUCAUCGACACCAACGCGUCCACCCAGCUGAAGUUCACCGUUAGUCGCAAGAGCUGCGACAUCACGUCCAUCAUCCACUAUGGCACGGAGCUGCAGUACUCCAGCACCGGCAGCCACAUCGGAUCCGGACUGGGAACUGCCACCGUGACGGCCGUUCAGAACGGGGAUUAUAUCAAGGUAACCUGCGCCACGGACACGUUGACCCAGUACUUUGUUGUCCACGACGGCGAUCCGAUCAUUCACAUGGCGACUUAUAUUACCGCGGAACCGUCGAUCGGAGAGCUGCGGUUCAUUGCUCGCCUGAACUCGGAUGUGUUGCCUAACGAGGAGCCGUUUGGAGAUGUGUCAAACACGUCGGGUGGCACUGCGAUUGAGGGGUCGGAUGUGUUCUUGGUCGGGAGUGAAACCCGCAGCAAGUUUUACUCCAGCCAGCGGUUCAUCGACGAUCAAAGACAUUGUGUCUCUGGGGAUGCCCACCGCGUCUGCAUGAUCCUGAACCAAUAUGAAAGCUCUUCCGGAGGACCCUUCCACCGGGAUAUCAACUCCAACAACGGAGGAAGCUACAAUGCGCUCUACUGGUACAUGAACUCCGGUCAUGUCCAAACCGAGUCCUACCGGAUGGGACUCCACGGGCCUUACUCGAUGUACUUCAGCCGCAGCGGUACCCCUAGCACGAAUAUCGAUACCUCGUUCUUCGCGGAUCUGGGGAUCACAGGAUAUGUCGCCGAGUCGGGGCGAGGCAAGGUGACCGGCACCGCAUCUGGAGCAGACUCCAGCAUGGACUGGGUAGUCCACUGGCACAACGACGCGGCACAAUACUGGACCUACACCAGCUCCAGCGGCAGUUUCACCUCUCCCGCCAUGAAGCCGGGAACCUACACCAUGGUGUACUACCAAGGCGAGUACGCGGUGGCGACAACCACCGUAAAGGUGUCAGCGGGCUCGACCACGACGAAGAACAUUUCCGGGUCCGUAAAAACGGGGACCACGAUCUUCAAGAUCGGCGAAUGGGACGGACAACCGACCGGCUUCCGCAACGCGGCCAACCAGCUCCGCAUGCACCCUUCGGACUCGCGCAUGUCCUCCUGGGGUCCAUUGACCUACACGGUGGGAAGUUCGGCGCUGACCGACUUCCCUAUGGCGGUGUUCAAGAGCGUCAACAACCCCGUAACGAUCAAAUUCACGGCGACAUCGUCGCAGACCGGCGCCGCGACCCUGCGGAUUGGCACGACGCUGUCGUUCGCCGGCGGACGGCCCCAGGCUAAGAUCAACAGCUAUACCGGGACCGCACCGUCCGCCCCGACGAAUCUGAACUCGCGGGGCGUGACCCGCGGUGCGUACCGGGGUUACGGCGAGGUGUACGAUGUGUCGAUUCCGGCGGGGACGAUCGUGGCGGGGACGAACACCAUUACUAUCAAUGUGAUCUCCGGUAGCUCCGGGGAUAAGUACCUAAGCCCGAACUUUAUCUUUGACUGUGUGGAGCUGUUCCAGUAG